GACUUGGCAGACCUGCCGCCCCUCUUGAACCGGCUCAUCGACAAAAUGGUUCCCUUCGUGAAUUGUCUUGAGUCGCUGCCCGAACCUAUUCAGUUCCAACAGCUUGUCCACCUUGCUCUCAACUUGGAGGAGCUGCCCCAAACCAUGUAUCAACAUGUUAUUCAAAGGCCUUUGGACGGUUUGAUGACCUGGGCUGACAUGCUUCUUGGCAGCUUGCUCAGAAACGAGCAGUUGGUAGACGUGCGCAUUGGCCCCUCAGGGUCAAUCAAGAAGUGCACGGAAGGCCGCGGGAAGCACCUCGUUUGCGCAGCAGAUGCAGCCAAUGAGCAUAAGCGGCUGCAGGGUGGCACGGGUGGCACCUUCGAGGUCACGGUGGAAGGUGACCGAACGGUGUGCGUGCAGCGCACUGAUGUGGAUGCUGGCUGGGCCAUGGACCUUGGCAUUGCCUGUAAAGACACAUCUCUGCACCACGUCGUCUACGUGGGAGCCUCGGACUGGAAUGAGAAAUGUAUCCACGUUUAUGCUCGGGGACUCUACUGCCCAGCGGAUGCGGCAGAUCGAUCCAUUCGGAUCAACUCGGAUAAAUGGGAUGCCCCGGAUGACUUCCACGUGUGGACAGAGGGGGACUUCAUCUGCGUCAAACGCACGGAUGCGGACACGGGAUGGAGCAUGAACUUGGCAGUCGAGUGCUACGCAGACUACUUCACCGAAGACCUGACCGCACUAGCAAGUGGAAAGUGGAAGCUGCCCAUGCUCAGCAAAGUGUGGGACCAAGUUCACCAGCUUACGCUUCUUCCUGGCAUGGAGAUGGGUCGCUGCGGCUUUGAACAUUUCCUGCUGCCUCUGAAAGGCGAGCUUUUUGAUAUGGUUCAGAAGGGCUUCCAGCUGGUGGACCAGGUCAUCAUGUGGAUGGUUGAAGGCUUGGGAGAACUACUGGGCCAAGCCCUACAAGGCGUUUUGUGGCUGUUGGGCUUACAGGACGCCGUUGCAGUGGUUGGAGACAUCGUAAACAGCGAGAUCGCCCUGCAGUGCGAAGAGACGAUGGAUCGAACACUGGAUGCGCUCAUUGCCGAGCAGGCCAAUCCCAUGACCGUCUUUGGUGUCAAGGGCAAGGUGAUGCUCGAAGCGCUCCCUAACAUUGCCGCCCGGUCCUUGGGUACCCUGGUACGCUACCUCCUGCGGAAGCUGGGAGACAAAGUUGUGGAGCCUUUGGCCUUCCAACUCGUUGGUGGAAUCCAGGCAGCCAUGGGUGCUGCCGAAAACGGUGUUGACGGACUCUGUGGGCUGAUCCCAGUUGCGGGUGGCAUUGCUUGCUCCAUCCUCACAGCAUUCGUGGCCAUGGCCCAGAAGUUUGUGAGUCCUAUAACGAUGAACUUCAUCAUCGACGUAGCGCAGAGGGUCUUUGACUUGAUUGCCAGGGGAAUCGAAGAAAUCCUCAGGCUCAUGUUGCAGACAGGAGGACUUAUCCUGGAUGCCAUAGUGGGCGGCCGGUCCGUGGACUUUGCCGCAGACAUCGCCACGAAGCUGGUCGAGUCCUUUAAAGAGGAGUUUGCUUGGAUUGGAAUCGUCCUCUACGGCCCAGUCAUGUUCACCAUCGAGACGGCUUUCAAAAGCAUUGUCACCUUCUUCAUGACAGUCGCAGAUCAGGUAUUUCCAGGCCUCAAGACAAAACUGGAAGACUGUGAGCAGCGUGCUACCAAGUUGCAGUUCACAUGGCGUAGCGCAAAGCUGGGUGCUUGA